GGCGUCGGGCCCCACGACCUCAACUGGUCGAUCUUCCUCUGCGUGCCGAAGGGUACCGAGGUCGAGGACACCCUCGACUCCUGCACCCGCACCGCCUCGACGGUCCGUACUCUCUCCCUCAAAAAUGCUGAUGCCAAGCUCAUUGCCGCCUGCGCGGACCGCGCCCUCCAGCCCAUCGCCUCCUCCGUGACUGCUGCGGUGCAGAAAAGCUUCACUGCUGGGCGGCGACUCGUGGACCACAUCCCGUUCCUGGACGCGGAGUGCGUCCGCGAGGGUCUUCUACCUGGGGCUGCGCAACGUAGGCCGAUGCUGCUGUCCUACGACUUCCGUCAGGCUUUCCCCUCGCUCUUCCGCGACGUGAUCGACAUGGUGCUGCCGCGGUACGGCGUGCCCAUCGGCUUCCGCAGCGUGGUUUCUGCGCUGUACUGCAACUGCCUCGCCUUCAGCUCUUUCCGUGCUUCGGGCGCCAGUGCGGUGUUGGAGCCACUGUUCGCCUUGAGGUGUGGCAUCAUGCAGGGCUGCCCUCUCUCUGGCACGGCUUGGUGCUUGGGCAUGGACGCCCCGAUCCGUGCGCUUAUCGGGGCGCUGGGAGACCCUCCGGAAGGGUGCCUCACGGCGUGUGCUGAUGACCUGGGCAUGUUCAUUCGCAACGCCAGGGUCCUCCCGUCCAUCGCCUCGUCGUUCGAUGACAUCGAGUUCGCCUUCAACCUGCAGCUGACCAAGGAGUACCUGGCCGCGCUGGUCCCGCGGUGGAAUGGCUUCCGCAUCGACUCCUCUGCUAAGUACCUGGGCACGCGCAUCGGCCCUGGCGUCUCGGAGCAGGGCAUCUGGAAGAUCGCGGCGGCGAAGUGGUGGUCGCGCGCCUCGGAGCUGAGUCGCACUGGUAUGGCGACCAGCCUUGCUGCCAUUGCCUACAACGUGAACGUCGGACAUCCUCUCCAUGGGCGCAUGGUGUGGCUCCCCCGCAUCGCCGCAUCGCUGGGCUUGUUCCCGUACUCGGUCGGCACGCUCCUCCGCUCCGCGGCCCACACGGUGCGCGACUGGGUGCCUUCGCUGCACGCCCUGCACGACUCGGCGGUCGAGUAUCUCCCGCUGGUGCGCGUCCUGCAGGGCUCGUGGUCGCCGAGAUGGUGGGCCACCAAGCGUUCUAUCGUCCAGAGCUACGGCCUCGUGAUGGACCUGUUCUCCGUAUUGCCGCACCCGCGCCCUGUGCUUGACAAGGUGCCUGUCCCAGUGCCGAUGUCCCUCAUCGAUGCGGCUCGUCGCGCCAUGCACGACGAGGAGCUGGCGGCUGCCAAAGCUGUCCCGCCCAGGAAGGUCAAGCGCCAGGCCGUGGCGAUGCGUACCCUCCGCGACGGCCUCUACGCGGACCGCCUGGACCAGCUGAUCGGCCGCCGUCUGCGGCGGCGGGGCCUGGAGGUGCCCGCCGAGCAGCUCC